UGUCUUCUAUCUUUCAAUUUCAGUUCCACAUAUAAACAAAAUUGGUUGGGUCGGUUACAGAGUGUCACUUUAAGUCUUAACAAACGUAGUACAUCUACCUUAACCAUUUUUGUGGUGUUUUGUUUUUUUCGUUUUCUUCAAACUUUCAACAUUGUCCAAAAUUCAAUUUUGAUUUAUGGAUGAUUCUGAACUCUGAACUAUUGUGUAGAUUGUUUUUGUUUGAUUUCGAUUGAAUUAUGGCUCUUGAUUUUGUUGUUAAUAAGUGUACUGCUACUACAUGCAUAUGGGGUUCUUGUUCCAAACCACAAUUGGGUUCUUUUCAUUCUGGGUUGGUUAUUGGGAAUUUGAGUUAUGAAAUUGUGAACAAAUGUAGUUGUUUCACUGUUUCAGUUUCAGCUCAACAGAGAGCUGCCAUUCCUGUUGAAGAUCAAAAGCCCUCACUUGAUUCUGCUUAUCAGAAUCACUCCAUGGGCUUUCACAGAGACAUCAACAUGCUUCCCAAGCCGUUAACGUCAAUUGAUGAUUCUUCUUCAGCAAGUGAUGGAUCAAAAGUGCGCGUGGGUUAUCAGGGAGUGCCGGGAGCUUAUAGUGAAGAUGCAGCUUUGAAAGCGUAUCCAAACUGUGAGACCGUGCCAUGUGACGAUUACGAAGCUGCAUUUAAGGCAGUUGAACUGUGGUUGGUUGAUAAAGCGGUCCUACCUAUUGAAAAUUCUGUGGAUGGAAGCAUCCACCGCAAUUAUGACUUACUUCUUCGACAUAGAUUGCACAUUGUUGGCGAGGUGCAGCAGCGAGUUAACCAUUGUCUCUUAGGAUUGCCUGGUGUGACAAAGGAGGAGCUCAACAGUGUUAUGAGUCAUCCUCAGGCUCUUGCUCAAUGUAGGACGGUUCUUAACGAUUUAGGUGUAGACAAAGUUGGUGACCAGGAUACUGCUGUUGCUGCUAAGACAGUGGCCUUAAAUUGUGUAAGACAUACUGGAGCUAUUGCUAGUUCCCGAGCUGCAGAAAUAUAUGGCCUGGAUGUUCUUGCUGAAGGAAUUCAGGAUGAUGAUGAAAAUGUUACCCGUUUCUUGGUCCUUGCGAGAGAGCCUAGAAUUCCAGGAACUGACGGGCCCCAUAAGACAAGCAUUGUUUUCAGUUUAGAAGAAGGUCCAGGUGCACUAUUCAAAGCUCUGGCAGUGUUUUCUAUGAGGGACAUUAAUUUGUCAAAGGCAAGUUGAUUUGUUGAUGUUGAACUUUUGAAACUAAAACACACAUUCAAUCAUCGGUCUAACUUUUUCAGUAUUUUUUUAUUUCAGAUAGAGAGUCGUCCACUGAAGCAGCGCCCCUUAAGGAUUGUUGAUGAUUCAAAUCAAGGGAGUUCCAAGUUUUUUGACUACCUCUUCUACAUUGACUUUGAAGCUUCAAUGGCAGAACCUCGUGCACAAAAGGCUUUAGGACAGUUGAAGGAAGUUACGGGUUUUCUUCGAGUUCUUGGUUGUUAUCCGAUGGAUAAACAUGUAUAAAAGUUCUUCAACGUAUUUAAAGUAUAGCUAGGAGCAACCGUAGACGCUGUUUGUUUUACCGACUGUAAGAACGACUAGGCUACAACCGGAGUCAAAGGGAGAUGCACCAGUUUAUAAAUAAUGCCAUGCAGGCAUCCUCAUUUUUGUAUCUCUAUUAUGUUAUUUUAUAUUAUCAUUCAUUAGCGCAAAACGCUGUUAAAGAUCAAAGUUUUUAAUAAAAAAAACUACAGACUCCUGGGCACAUUGUCUCAGAGCCUCCUUUACAAUUAUAUUAGUUGGCCUUCCAUCAAAUUUUUGAGGGAGAACCUUGUUAUCUAUUUUGUGUUGGAAAAGAAGGUUAUACAAAGAGAAUAUUUUAGAUAAUGAGAAUUUUUAUACUUCAUUAUUAUUAUUAUUAUUAUUUAAUGUUUGACAUACUUUUUAUAUAAAUAUUUUUAAACCUUAUAAUGGUAAAAAAAAUCUCCUACUUUAGUAUAAAUAAUAAUUUGCAUGCAUUUACUUUUUUGUUAUUCAUUGCAUUUUUCUUAAACAAUGUUUGAUACAUUGCAUCCUUCCAAUCUACCCAAUUAUAUUCUUCCAUUGAAAACCUUAGUUGGUAAUUGAAGCAAUUUAAAAUUAUUAUUUUUAUAUAAAAAAACAUGACACCAAAUUUCAAAGCUUGUCAUCUAUCUUUCAAUUUCAGAUGCAUAUAUAAACAAAAUUGGAUGGGUUGGUUACAGAGUAUCUUCUUACGUCUUAACAGACUUAGUACAAUACAUCUACCUUAACAAAUUUUGCGUUGUUUUUGUUUGAUUUUGAAAUGACGACGCUUGAUUUUGUUAUUAAUAAGGGUAUUACUACACUCAUAUGGGGUUGGGAAUCUGAGAUAUGAAAUUGUGAACAAAUGUAGUUGUUUGAGUGUUUCAGCUUAUCAGAGAGCUACUCCUCCUGUUGAAGAGCAAAAGCCCUUGCUUCAUUCUGCUUAUCCGAAUCACUCCAAGCGCUUUCACAAAGACAUCAACAUGCUUCCCAGGGGAAAUGGUUUUUUUGGUUGAAGCUGUCAUCGCUAGGUGUUUACAGAAAGGCCAUAGACUAAUUAUGGGUGUGAUGUAAUGUAAUGAAUGAAAUUUAUGAUUUUAGGCUUUCCGUAGGUAGUAUGUGUGAUGCGAACACGGUGUUCGUGUCAUUGCAAUUUAAUUCCUUUUACUAUUUUACUAUACGCUUUAGCACGGCGAUGUUAAAUGUAUAAUUGCAGAGCCGUUAAUGUCAAUCGAUGAUUCUUCUUCUGCAAGUGAUGGAUCAAAGGGAUUGCCGGGAUCUUACAGUGAGGAUGCAGCUUUGAAAGCGUAUCCAAAUUGUGAGACUGUGCCAUGUGACGACUACGAAGCUGCAUUUAAGUUGAAUUGUGGUUUGUUGAUAAAGCGGUUCCUCCAAUUGAAAAUUCUAUGGAUGGAAGCAUCCACCGCAAUUAUGACUUACUUCUUCGACAUAGGUUGCACAUUGUUGGAGGGGUUCAGCUGCGUGUUAGCCAUUGUCUCUUAGGAUUGCCUGGUGUGACUAAGGAGGAGCUCCUCUGUGUUGCUCUUGCUCAAUGUAGGGCGAUGCUUAAUGAUUUAGGUGUUGACAAAAUUGGUGACCAGGAAACGGCCGUUGUUGCUAAACAGUGGCCAUAAAUUGUGUAAGACACAUUGGAGCUGUUGCAAGUUCCCGAGUUUCUGAAAUAUAGGCCUGGACAUUCCUGCUGAAGGAAUUUAGGAUGAUGCUGAAAAUGUUACCCGUUUCUUGGUCCUUGCAUUGCGAGGGAGCCUAGAAUUCCAGGAACAGACAGGGCCUCAUAAGACCAGCGUUGUUUUCAGUUUAGAAGAAGGUCCAGGUGCACUACUCAAAGCUCUGUCAGUGUUUUCUACGAAGAAUAUUAAUUUGUCAAAG